AUGUUAGUUGUUUGUAAAUAUUUCGAUCAUAGACCCGUGACAAACGUUUACGAAUGGUAUUCCUUACAUCCUAACAAAACUAUAAUUGAUCAUUUUGCCAUUUGGAAAAAUGCUACAUUGAUAAUAUCGACCAAAUCCAAUUUAUGGGAACGAAGAAGAUCAUUCAAAAAUAUCACAUUAAAAGUCACAGCUGUGAAAAGUAAUGCAAGAUCAAACAAGAACAAACGAUUACACGGUUUGAUGGCUUCUUUAUUGAUAACAAUUGCAGAAGUAGCAAAUUUUAAAAUUGACAUUCAGGAACCUGAAGAUUUUUACGGGGUGCAAGACCUAACAACGAAAAAGUGGAACGGAGUUAUAGGUAAACUUGCAAAUAAGGAGACAGAUAUCGGAUUAGGAGAAUUCACUCCAACGAAGGAUCGACUUGAGGUCACAGAUUUUGGUGAUCCUGUUAUUACAUCGUCAUCAAAAUAUUACAUCAAAAAACCGGAUAAACAUAUUUUGCACUGGUCUAUGUAUUACAAGGCACUCGGACAGACAGUUGGUUAUGUCUUGAUAUCGAUUAUUCUAAUUCUACCUCCAAUUAUCAGCUAUGUAGAAUUACGUCGAAGAAAUAUGCACGAUUCGAGGAAAAUAUCUAAUUCUUAUUUAAAAAUCAUUAUAGAUUGUUAUUUUGACGUUUUUGGAAUAUUCUGUAAAAUGCCUCUGAACAAUUCUUCAUCACUGUUAAGAAUUCUCACGAGUUAUUUGGCGGUUUUCAUACCUUAUUUACCAUUUAACACAAUGGAAGAAUUCCUGAAUGAUGGGCGCUAUAAACUAGCAAUAAUUAAAAAUACGAACUAUUUGGAAUUGCUUAGAGAUAUGGAUGAAAAAGCUAGUGGCAUAUUACUGGAUGAAAAUGAUCUACCAACUUACAUUUCUCAAGGCAUUGAAAUGGUUUGUGCAGGAAAAAUUGUUCUAUUUAUGGACCACUACAGCGUUACUAAUAAUCAAACAAAUCCCCCUUGCGAAUUGAUGGCUUUCGCACAAAGUUCGCAAGUGAGCAUGGCACUUGCUUUUACGAAAAAUAGCCCCUACGUCGAUUACUUUAACUAUUAG